CUUCUAGAAGAGUCCCUCUUGCCCCACUUUGGUAGUUUGAGCAGGUCAAUGGUUGAUAGUCUGUUGGCCCAUUUCAAGUCGUACUUUGUACCAAGUAAGAAAAAGAACAAUGUCCGUUCUAUUCAUUUACUUACCUGACUGAGAAAAAACGGUUUGUAGAUUACUGUAUAAAAUACUGUGUUUUAGAUAUAUGUAAUAGUUGCUUUCUAAAUACUUUAUGAUUUAAAUUAUUUAUAAAAAAAUUUUUAGGUGGUAAUUAGGUUUACUAGGGUAUAAUUUAUCCUAAUAUGAUAUUCCUGAUUAGGAUAUAAUUUUAUCCAAGUAAAAUUCGUCAGUUUUGAGUGUACAGCUUAUGAAUUUUGACAAACACAUCUAGUAGUGUAACAGCCUCCACAACUUACAAACCCAAAAGAACACAAAUAGAGCACCCCAAAAAGCUCCUUUGUAACUUUUUAGUCAGUCUUCUCUCUCCUAUGCUUGCUAUUCUAGGAAUAGUCCCAUGCAGGGAAUAUUUUACUGCAAUGAGAUAAUAUUAGGUUAAGUAGAAUAUAAAAGACAGCAGGGCAAGAGGGGCAGGGGGGAAAGACUGGCUCUAAGAAAUAAGGAAGGGUAGUGAUUAGAAGCAAAAAAUAGGACAACAAAAAUAAUCAUAGUCUUGAUUCUUUAGCUUAAGGUAGGUUACAGUUUCCAGUGUCUCCCAUACCACGUUUGGUUUAAACAAAACAAAAUCUCAGAAUCAAGGCCCUGCUAGAGAGGGGCAUGUCCACAGUGAAGGACUACAGGUGGUAGAAAGAGAGUCAUAGAAGUCCUUUUAAAGCGUACUUGAGAAUAACUUGGAGCAGAGGGGAUUGCAUCAAAAGACAUUUCAGGAUAUAAUGACUCUAACUCAUACAAACAAAUCAGGCUGGUAGAAUAUGUUGUACUUUGGGUCAGUUUAACAGGGUGGGGUAGAAUCUAUCUCAAAAUGUAUUUGAAGGUCAGGUGAUCUUUUUAGAGUUCUUACCUAUUGAUUAAAAGUGAAUUAAAGGAAAGGAAUUUAGUGUGGGACCUCUUCCUUAUGAACAGAAGAACAGAAACUACCAACAGAUAGGUUAUCUUGAAGGAACAGUUUCUCUAAACAGUCUUAGCCUUACCUCUCCGAAGGCAGAAAAUAUGUGAACUUCUCAGAUACUUAGUUCUGCAGUGAUCCCAGGCCUUAAAAAGAAGCAAACUAGGCAAGAGGUUUAGCAUUGGGCAUACAGACUGGUGAGCUGACUGCCUGUCUUUCUACAUGGCCGGCCUGGAAGCGCUGGACGACCUGCCUCCAGUGUCUCCGUUGCAGCCGGUUUCCGAGGAGGAGGCCGUUCAGAUUAUUGCAGACCCGGCACUGCCCCCAGACACGUACACGCUCCGAGACUACGUGGAUCAUUCCGAGACUCUGCAGAAAUUAGUGCUGCUAGGAGUGGAUCUCUCAAAGAUAGAAAAACAUCCUGAUGCAGCCAACCUCCUACUGAGACUGGAUUUUGAAAAAGACAUUAAGCAAAUACUUAUGUUUCUUAAGGAUUUGGGUAUAGAGGAUAACCAGCUGGGAACAUACCUGACUAAAAACUAUGCUAUUUUCUCUGAAGACCUUGAAAAUCUCAAGACCAGAGUGGCUUAUCUGCAGUCAAAAAAUUUCAGUAAGGCACAUAUUGCACAGAUGGUCAGAAAUGCACCAUUUUUGCUGAGUUUUUCAGUGGAAAGAUUGGAUAACAGAUUGGGAUUUUUUCAGAAAGAACUUGAACUUAGCGUGAAGAAGACUAGAGACCUGGUAAUUCGUCUCCCAAGGCUACUAACUGGAAGUCUGGAGCCCGUGAAAGAAAACAUGAAGGUUUAUCGUCUUGAACUAGGUUUUAAACGUAAUGAAAUCCAACAUAUGAUCACCAAAGUCCCAAAGAUGUUGACUGCAAAUAAAAGGAAACUGACCGAGACUUUUGACUAUGUGCACAAUGUGAUGAGCAUUCCCCACCACCUCAUUGUCCGGUUCCCACAGGUAUUUAAUACAAGGUUGUUUAAAGUCAAAGAAAGGCAUUUGUUCCUUACCUAUUUAGGAAGAGCACAAUAUGAUCCAGUAAAACCUAACUACAUCUCUUUGGACAAGUUAGUGUCUGUACCUGAUGAGAUAUUUUGUGAAGAGAUUGCCAAAGCCUCAGUACAAGACUUUGAAAAAUUCUUAAAAACUCUUUAGUUUUUGAUGAUGUUAAGCUAUAAUAAUGUAAAAUGAAUGUAUAUAUGAAUGAAUGAUACAUAUUUUUAAAUAAAUGCCUCCGGCCUCCACUGA